AUGCAAGCAGUUCAAACUUCAAAUUAUUUUAUUGUACGUUAUAAAUCUUGCCAAUUCGCAACAUAUGCACGUGAAAAACUGCAUGCAUUUCAGUUUCCCGAUGGUGAAAUUUUAUCAGUACAGUAUUAUGAUGAAAAAAUUGUUAAUGAUCUUAUAAAUCAAUCACAAAAUGGAAAAUAUGGAGAUACAUCAGGAAUUGGUCAAUUAAUUCAUCAAAUGAGCAAUUUGCAAGGAAGUCAAGAAGAAUAUGUAGAUUAUUGUAAUGUUCCAUUACCACCGAAACAAAAAUAUGCUUCAUUUGAUGCACCAGUUGCUAAAACUUUACACAUUAUACCUCAACGUCCUAUAUCUGAAGAUUUUAUUCGUGAUAUAUUUAAUCGAUUUGGAAAUUUAAUAGAUGUUCGUACGAUAAAUCCACAAUUAUGUUAUGUUAUGUUCAGUGAUGAACGUAGUGCUGAUACUGCUAUGGAAACAAUGAAUGGACAAGAAAUUGCAUUAGUUCGUAUACGUAUUAUUGAAAGUGAUAAGUCUGUUGAUUCAACAACAGCUUCUGUUGUACAUCGAAAACGUCAAAAAAUGGAAGAAGCUUUUCGUAUUAAUCAAAGAAAAAGCCGAAAAGCAAGAAAUGAUGUAGCUGUUCAAGGUACCAAUGACUCGAGUAUUUUAUCGAAAGUAUCAAUGGUUAAACUUGGAUAUUUUAAUGAUUUAUUUCUUCGAGAAUUUGUUGAUAAAGAUGUAAGACGUUCCCCAUCAAUAAAUCGGGGUUAUUAUAUUAGAAUGAAAGCAUUAGAAUAUGCUUUAAAUAUGUUUUAUACAGUUUAUGAUCAGAAAGAAGUACAGAUUGUUAAUUUAGGUGCUGGAUUUGAUGCAACUUGGUUUCGAUUAGAUGAUGAACGAAAACAACGAACACAUUUUAUUGACAUCGAUUUCCCAGAAGUCAUGCAACGUAAAUUAGCAUUAAUAGAAGUUCGUUCUCGUUUAAAUGAACAAUUUGAACCAAUUCAUACAUAUAGUUCAUUAGAAAAUUUCGCUGUAACAAAUGAAAAAUACUCGUUAAUCGGUGUUGAUAUGCGAGAUUCUUUAACUCUAAAUACACUUUUACAAACAGUUAAAGUUGAUGAAACAAAACCAACUUUAUUAAUAAGUGAAGUUGUUUUAACAUACAUGGGUCGAUCAAGUUGUAAUCGUGUUAUACAGUGGAUACUUGAUUUUUUUCAAGAAUGUAUUUUAUGUACUUAUGAACAAAUUUUACCAGAUGAUGGCUUUGGUCAAGUUAUGGUUGCACAUUUUGCUAAAUUAGGUUCACCAUUGAAAUGUAUUCAUCAAUAUCCAACAAGUGAAUCUCAAGUGCAACGUUAUACAUACUUAGGUUUUGAUUUUUCACUCUGUGUCAAUAUGCAUAAUUUUUAUCGAAAUUAUUUAUCAACUGAUGAACAUAAUCGUAUUGACAAAUUAGAACCAUUUGAUGAAAUUGAAGAAUGGCAAUCAAAAUGUGCUCAUUAUAUACUUUUAUUUGGUUUAAGAACACCAUCAAAUAUAUCAAAACAAUGGUUUGAACAAAUGAAUCAAGAUUUUACAUCAAUUAUUUAUUCAAAAAAAGAAAAUUUAAAUAAUAAUAAUAAUAAUAGUUGUAGUUUAAAUGAUGAACAAGUUAAACCUAAUAUUCAAUUUGAAAUUUAUCCAACAACUAUGACUUAUGCACAACGUUUUGGACAUCAAUCAAUAUUAAUUGAUGAGAAAUAUGUUUGGACUAUUGGAGGUUUUGGAACUGUAGAUGGAAGACAUAGAAGAUUAAAAACUAUUGAAGUAUUAAAUAUUGAUAACGGAGAUAUUCAAAGAUUAGAUAAUCACUUACUUGGUGAAUACGUUUUUCAUACAUGUCAUAGAUCAGAUAAUUUAAUAUUAUCAUUUUUCGGUCGUAAAAGUCCCGGAACGUUAAAUGCAUGUGCCUCAAUUGAUAUUAAUACUCUUCAAGUGACAAAUUUCAAUGAAGAUGAAAAAAUACUUCGACGAUGGCGUCAUUGUUCUUGUUAUAUAAAAGAAACAAAUAAAAUAAUAAUAUUUGGUGGUUACAUAAGUAUGUCAAAAUCAACAAAUGAUACACUUUGUUUACAAUCGAAUGGUCAACUGAUACCAUCCCAAUUUUCACAAACAAGACCAACAAAUCGACAUUCAGCUUGUUUCAAUGCUUAUAAACAUAUGGCUGUUCUUUCUGGUGGUAUAUUAGAAAAUGAUGAACCAACGAAUGAAAUUUGGUUAUUAGAUACAUCCAAAGAUAUUAUGAAUUGGACAUUGUUUCAAACAAAUGGAAGAGUUAUACCAAGAUAUUCACAUAGUGCAGACAUUAUUGAUGAUACACUUUGGCUAUUAGGUGGAAUGAAUGCUAAUGAACGUAGACCACCAGGUUUAUGUAAAAUUAAUUUAAUUACUGGUGAAGUUAUCGAGUAUAUAAUACCGACAAUGUGUGGUGAACAACCAAUCAUACUUUAUAAUCAUCAAACAGUGCUUUUCAAUAAAACAACAUUUCUGAUAUUAGGAGGCGGUGGAAAUUGCUUUUCUUUUGCCAAUUAUCUGAUUGAAAGUAUCGAUGAAACUGUCGAACCGUGCGAAGAUUUUUUUCAAUUUGCCUGUGGAACAUGGGUUAAAAAUACAAGAAUACCAGAUGAUGUCAGUGCACAGACUACUUUCAAUUUGUUAAGAACCCAAUUGGAUUAUAAUGUUAUUGAUCUUCUAUCGUCACCACCUGUAAAUAAUGUCAACGAACCCAAAGCCGUUCUCAAUGCUCGUCGCUUCUACAACUCGUGCAUAGAUGAAGACGAAGUUGAGGCUAAUGGUGUGGAUACUAUUCUCUCAUUGAUCAACACGGAAUUUGGUGGCUGGCCCAUACUUCAAGGAUCAUCAUGGAAUAGUGCAAAGUUUGAUCUGCCAAAUCUCUUGUUUCAACUGCGAAAAUAUUAUAGUAAUACUAUCUAUCGAAUUGACACAGCGUUUGACUUUACCGAUUAUCUUCGUCGUUGUUAUUUAUCUGGUAAUGUGAUUUUACAAGAUACGGACAUUGUAGCCGUUGGUGAACUCGAGUAUUUGACUAAUGUUUCAUUGAUUCUUAAGCAAGCUUCACCACGCACCAUACAGAACUAUAUUCUUUGGCGUUUCAUGAUGGGUGCAACUUCGCUUAUGCCUCAACAUAUUCGAAUGAUCAGACAACGAUUCGAUCGAAUUUUUCGUGGUACGAAUGCUGAACGACCACGUAAAGUAGCAUGUGGCAGUCUUGUCAAUGCUUAUAUGGGAUUUGCUGUCUCAAAGCUCUACAUCAAAAAAUAUUUCGAUGAAAAUGCUCUCAAUGAGUCUCUUGAAAUGAUAAACAAUAUUCGAGAUGUAUUCAUCGAAAUGCUUGAUAAAUCUACUUGGAUGGAUGCUGAAUCGAAAGAAAAGGCCAUCGAGAAGGCCAAAGUCAUGGAUCCGCAUAUCGGUUAUCCUGAAUAUUUGGGCAGUGAUAAUAAUACAAAACUCGAAGAAGAUUAUGCUGAGGCAGAUGGAAAUCUAACACAAGGCGAAGAUAUUGCUGACAAUGGUGGUCUUAGAGAAGCGUUUUUCGUAAAUAUAUUUGAGCUAUUAGCAUGCAUGCCCUAA